AUGACUACAAAACUCAAUCUCCUCUUCACAUUCUUGCUUCUCACACUAACACUUUCCCACUCACGCCUGACCCGACCCGAAUCAUCCGGAUCCGUCUCAAACGAGCUCAAGAAAAACUCCAAAGGUAAUAAUAACAAGAAUGACAAGGGCUAUGGAUCACCAGGAGGUUACUUCCCGCCAGGAACAAAUUUCGGAAUACCGGGUUUCAGUGGCAAGGAUUGGGGAAACAUUGGAGGCGGAUACGGUGGUGGCUACGGCGGACCAAGCGGCGGACACGACAAGAAUGGUGUGGUGAGACCAACUAAGGUGUGUAAAGAGAAAGGUCAUUGUUUCAUGAAGAAGCUGACGUGUCCGGCAAAGUGCUUCAAGUCUUUUAGCAGCUCCGGCAAAGGAUACGGUGGUGGUGGUGGAGGCGGUUGUUGCACCAUCGACUGUAAAAAGAAAUGUGUGGCUUUUUGUUGA